GCCAAUUUCAAAAUAGUAAGGAAAGUGCUGUUAUUGAUAUAUUCGUAUUGGAAGCAUGAAUGUUUGUCAACAAAUUCUUGCUUUGGAUGCCAUAUUUAAUACGUAUCGAGCUCAAGUGAAUCCACAGCACAGGACUUUGUACAUAAGAAGAAGAACUCAGUUACUGCGAGAGAUUGCCAAUAAAGAUAUCGACCACAGUGUCCGUCGUCAGUACUUGCAUGUGAGAAAGUUAAUAUUAAGCAAACAGCAUGGACCAAUAUCGGAUUUACAAUCUCUAAGAAGCAGAAGUACCAGCAUACCUAGUCGUAUUGGGUCAGUUGAGCAAAGUUUUGAGUCCGUACAAGGCAAUGAUCAUGGUACACCAGUGAAGACACACCGUCGCUAUCAAAGCAAUGGCUCUUUUCAGUUCCUUCCUCCUAAUGUUACCAUGACGAUGCACGAGGAUUUGCCGCUACAUGGUGUCGUUCCCACGAAGAAGGCCGAGGCUAGCAGAAAAAUGGCUGGUGAUAAAAGUCUUGGUGAAAACUACGCAUUUGCAGGCAUGCAUCACGUGUUCGAUCAGCAUGCUGAAGCAGUCACUUCCAUUAAAUUUGCGCACGACGAAAAACAUAAACUUGCCUGCAGUUCAUCCGACGGCACUUUAUCGAUUUGCGACCUUCUUCCGACUCCUCCGUCUGUCACUUGUUUUCUUCGCGGACACAAAGCUGCCAUAAAAGAUUUUGAUUGGUCCGUGGCAAAUGACUUCAUUGUUUCUGCCUCAAUAGAUGGCACGUCACGACUGUGGAGUCCAAGUUCAGGUCAAUGUCUUCGUGUUUUCAGCGAUGCUUAUCUUUGUCCUGUUCUUUCUUGUCGAUUUCAACCAUUGAAUAACAACAUGAUUGUCACUGGUAACGACAAAGCACAUGUUCAAGUAUACAAUACUUCAACUGGAAAGAAUGUGAAGGGUGGAACUUGUCGCACAACAGGCGCUGUGUUGUCGUUGGCUUUCGAAUCCACGGGAACCAUAUUGUGGAUUGGUGACGAAAAGGGAUGUAUCUUGUCGUUUUGCUUUGAUAUUGCUACUGGACGAUUACAGAAGGGCAAGAGGAUCGUAGUCGCCUAUGGAUGCUGUAUUACGUCUAUAUCUUAUCGAAGCUGGAUUAACCGUGAAGCAAGGGAUCCGUCGCUCCUCAUAAAUGUAGCCGACAAUAAUCUUUGCUUGUAUAGAGUGACAAACGAAGAGGGUGCAUUGAGUUUGAAAAGAUCAUUUCAAGUUCGCCACGAGCGUCUGGGUAUUCGAAGCUCAUUUUGUCCUCUCAUGUCAUUUAGACAAGGAGCAUGCGUCGUCACAGGUAGUGAAGAUAUGGCUGUGUACUUUUUUGACGUUGAAAAAGAAGAGAAGUCAUGUGUGAACAAGCUUCUAGGGCACUCUGCCCCAGUCCUAGAUGUUUGCUGGAAUUACGACGAAAGCUUACUGGCGUCAUGUGAUACUGAGGGAACGGUUAUUGUAUGGAAAAGAGAACAAAGAAAAUACAACAUCUAGAGAGGCAUGUUGCAGUUCAUGUUCACGUUAGAAGCGAAUGUCAACGAAUCGUUGAUUGGCAGUGAAACCAUUAGUUAGAAAAUUUUUCCUUUAACUUGAUAACUCAAUCCAAUUUUAUGAUUUGUAUGUUGAAGUUGCAAAAUUAGUUAUGGGAAUCAAAUGAAAUGACUAAAAUAGUAAACAACUUUAUAAAAUAAAAUGUGUAUAAGGCGUG